UUUUCCUUCUCCUCCUCCUCCGUCAGGUUUUCAAACGGAGCUGGAGCCUUUGGGUCAUAGUCAUGCACAACGUCGGGCUCCACGUGGUCUGGGGUGCUCCAAGGGAUACGUGCAUGAUACUCAUUGCACGCCGCCUGGAUAGCAGCCCUUUCUUGCGCCCAUGUUCCUCCAAGCCUCGCCUCCGAAACACGAUUGAGAUGCUUUCGGAGGAUUUCUUCUCGUACACCCUCAGCCCAGAGCCGCAAGUUGCCACGCUCCUUCUUCGUGCUUUUCCGCUUCUUGCUAGAUGUGGUUACAAUGACCAUGAAACUGGAUUACUGCUCUUUGUCGGACGGAGUGAUAGUGAUGCUCGACCUGGGUCUGUUUUUCUUCGCUUCGCUCGCACGGGUGAAUCUCGUCCGAUCACAGUCUGCUGGUCCAGUGAUAUCCCCGGUCACGAAAACACAAGCGGCCAGAUAAGGGCUCAACGAUUGUUCUCCCGUCUUCCCACCCUCUUUUGCCACCCCGACUUUUUUUUCUCCCUCCCUACCAUGGCAGACCUCAAUCACGUCGCUGGGACACCGGACAGUGUCCCCGCAACUGCUGACGACCUUGCGAUCACCACUCUCCUCCACAUCAUCGAUGCACUCACCGCCCAAGUUCAGCAAUUGAAAAAUCCUCUGGCUUCCGGACCCGUCGCGCUCGCUCCGACGACUUUGACCGCUCUUUCUGCCCGUCCUGCUCUCCCGGUCGUUCCCGCCGGCAUUCAAACUCAGGGACCUUGGGUUGUUGGUACAAUGUACAACGUUGUGCCAACAGAACCGCUCGUUGCGAUGCCGGCGGCGCAGUCCGCUUUGUUUUCCCCCGAGACCAUUUGGUACGCCGUUACGCGUGGGCACUAUGUUGGUAUCACUACCACCAAUGCGGUUGCCGUGGCCGCAGUUACCGGUGCCAGUCGCAGCAGUAUGGGCGGUCAUCCCAGCGAAGCGAUGGCGAUCGCAGCGUUCAAUCAGACCUUGGCGUUGAACAUGGUGUCCAUUGUGUGAUCUAUAGUUCUGUCGUGUACUCCUCUUGUCUCUCCCUGAUGUAUCAAUGCUCUCGCUCUUUCUCUGUUGAUUCGGUUCUCCUGAUCAAGAUCGACAAUCGCCAUGCGCAUGUAAUAGACAUCACUCUUCCGAUUGGAUGCUCCUGAUUAACAUCGACAAUCGCCAUGCGCAUUUGACAGAGAUCAACACCUUCCCAUCAAGGGAUCUAUCCACUCACGCGCAUACAUGAUGUUCGGUUGCAGGAAUCAUUGGUCCACUUCUUGUCUUCUGACCACCAUGGACGACGACAAGCGAUUGCUCCAACUGCUGGGUCGGCUCUCUCUGCAUCCCACACCCGUCUUGCCUCCUACCUUGCCUCGAUCGGAGUCACCGGUCCCGCAUUCAUCCAGUUAUAGUUCUCCCCCUGCUCUCGUGCAGAGAACCGUUGAACGCCGCCCAGUAUAUCAAUAUCAAACCCCCGGUUUUGCCGGGCUUACGAAUGACUGGUCUGUCGCUGGAGCUUUGACGCAGGACGUUCCCGGUUCACGUGCAUACUCUGUAUCGCCAAGGAAAAAAAACAGGCGUCCUCGUCCUGCCGCCUACGUUGUUUUUGUAGGGCGAGAGCCUGGAGUCUGUGAUUCUUGGGACCAAUGCAAUGAGAAAAUGCUGGGAUACCCAUGCGCUUUAUAUCGCGGAUAUACAUCCCGCGCGGAUGCUGAUGCCGCUUUCCUCUACGCCCAGCAGCGCGGUUGGACGUCUUCACCUGAUGCAGACGUCUUUCGCUAUGUUCCACCUAUUCCAGUGACCGACGACGACUACGAGACUUACAAUCCCCUGAGUGGCAAUGAAUCGGCAAACGAUCAACUAUGGUAUGUUGUGUAUCGUGGUCUAAGGCCAGGUGUCUAUCGAUCAUCACUCGAGAGUCAGCUGAAUGUGGUCGGCGUGCCUGGCCAGCUUUUUGAGAGCGUUGAGGGCGAAGAUGCCGCCAGGGCCAAGUUUGCGGAUGCCCAGCGAAAGGGUGUUGUAAAGAUUCUUACUGUGUAGCUCCUAAUGUAUACUACUUGAUUAACGAAGACAAUGCUCU